AUGUCCAACAGCAGCUCCAUCACCCAGUUCCUCCUCCUGGAAUUCGCAGACAGACGGGAGCUGCAGCUCCUGCACUUCUGGCUCUUCCUGGGCAUCUACCUGGCUGCCCUCCUGGGCAACGGCCUCAUCAUCACCACCAUCGCCUGUGACCACCACCUCCACACCCCCAGGUACUUCUUCCUCCUCAACCUCUCCCUCCUCGACCUGGGCUCCAUCUCCACCAUUCUCCCCAAAGCCAUGGCCAAUACCCUUUGUGACACUAGGGCCAUUUCCUACCCGGGAUGUGCUGCACAGGUAUUUCUUUUUCUAUUUUUGGUAUCAUCAGAAUAUUUCCUUCUCACCAUCAUGGCCUAUGACCGCUAUGUUGCCAUCUGCCAA